AUGGGGAAGUGGAGAAUAGCCACAGUUUAUGGUGGUAGAGAAUUGGCUCACAGAAGGCUUCUUUGGGAAAAGCUGGAGGAAUAUGGUUCUAAUAGUAAUCCCUUAAUAGUUGGGGAUGAUGUUAAUUAUAUUUUGGCUAAGGAAGACAAGAGAGGAGGAAGACCAUUUUGGUUUUCUCAAGGGGCUAGAGAAAUGAGCUCAUUCUUAGCAAGAUGUGACCUUCAUGAAGUAAAUAUUGUUGGACCAAGGUUCACUUGGUGCAAUAACAAAAAUGGAAAUGCUAGAAUCUUGAAGAGGUUGGAUAGAUGCUAUGUUAAUCCAUUUUCACUAAAGAACAAACGGUUUUUGGUGAGGAAUUUAUCAAGGGUUGCAACAGACCAUUGCCCAAUCCUAUUAAACUUCUUGGAAGUAAACUUUGCAUCAGACAAAAUCAUAAGGUUUGAGGAAGUUUGGGCUUCAUAUCCAACUUCAGUUGGAGUGGUAAAAGCAGCUUGGGGCAAGAAGACAAGUGGAGAUUAA